AUGUUGUACCACGCAGCAGUGUGGGUACUGUUGGGCUUGGCGGUACAGGCGGAACCUUUAGUGAACCCAUUUGCGGAAGUCAAACUUGACACGAUCUACGCCACAUCUGGCUUCAGAGGUUUGAAAUCCAACAUGGACCACGACAUUCCGACAGUGAGCGUCAUGGCUGGGUCUGACGUGUCGUUUCACUGUUGGGUGGAGGUAUCCUCUAAAAGACGUGUCGCCAUAUAUUUCACGUGGCUCUAUAAAAGCGAUCCUGUCAGAAUACCUCGCUUUAACCAUACACAGUUGGUGACCCAGUCAAAUGACGGUAGAGACCAUCACGCAGUAAUUCGCAUUUUAAACCUACAGCCAGCCGAUUCAGGAGUAUUCAGCUGCGUUGUUUCUAAGAAAGAUACAGGGAAGACACUUAUUAAAAGAAUACGACUGAAAGUUAAAUCACCACUCCCCAUCCAGCCCAUGAUAACGCCACUCAGCUCGACCGUGGCUCCAGGAACUCCUGUCAACCUCACGUGUGUGGUACCGGGCUCGACGGCGGGAGACAACUCUCUUGAUGAUGUUAAAUUUCUUCUUAACGAGGAGAAACUCGAAUCCUCCAAAAUGACGAGACUCAACUCAACUGCUGUGUACAUCACAGUGAACCCCAGUGUUACUUCGCUCUACUAUUGUGAGCUGGAAGACACGAAGAGUAAACCGGCCCGAAUAUACGUUGUAAACAUUGUAAACAUCACCACAAGCUCCCCGGCAACAACUAGCCAUACGACUACUGGCUGGCGUCCUACAACAACAACGUCUUCCACCACCAGUGACGUUACAACAACUGUUAGAACCACAAACACAACGACAGUGGCUAAAACCCCAGAAACGACUAGUACAACUCUACAAGCAACAACUUCUACAACUCUACAAGCAACAACUUCUGCAAGUCUACAAGCAACAACUUCUACAACUCCACAAGCAACAAGUUCUACAACUCCACAAGCAACAACUUCUAAAACUCCACAACCAACAACUUCUAAAACAACAACUUCUAAUACUCCACAACCAACAACUUCUAAAACUCCACAACCAUCAACUUCUAAAGCUCCACAAACAAUAACUACUAACACUCAACAAAUAACAACUACUACAACUCCACAGACAAUAACUACUACAACUCCACAAACAAUAACUACUACUACUCCACAAGUAACAACUUCUAAAACUACACAACCAGCAACUUCUAAAACUACACAACCAACAACUACUAAAACUCCACAAACAAUAACUACUACUACUCCACAAACAACUACUAAAACUACACAAACAAUAACUACUACUAUUCCACAAGCAACAACUACUAAAACUACACAAACACUACUACUACUACUAAAACUCCACAAACAAUAA